AUGGCCGGAGAUCAGCAGCACCACCAGCAGGAGCAGGAAGCCACAGCCGGAGCCGGUCCUCUCCACCUCGUGGUGUUCCCAUGGCUGGCGUUCGGCCACCUCAUCCCGUUCCUCGAGCUCUCCAAGCGGCUGGCGGCGCGGGGCCACGCCGUCACCUUCGUCUCCACGCCGAGGAACGUCUCCAGGCUCCCGCCGGUGCCCGCCGCCCUGUCUGCCGGCGUCCGGACGGUGGUCCUGCCGCUGCCGGCCGUGGACGGGCUGCCGGAGGGCGCCGAGUCCACGGCCGACGUGCCGCCUGACAAGGUCGACCUCCUCAAGACCGCCUUCGACGGCCUCGCCGCUCCCUUCGCGGACUUCCUUGCAGACGCCUGCGCCGGUGGCUGGUGGAGAGGAGGGGAGCACGCGGUGGCGGCGUUCGCGAGGAGGCCCGACUGGAUCGUCGUCGACUUCGCGCACUACUGGAUCUGCCCCAUCGCUGAGCAACACGAGGUUGCUUGUGCGAUGUUCCAAAUCUUGACGGCCACCAUGGUCGCGUACUUCGGACCGCGUCAGGAGAACGCCGACCACCCCCGGGUCACCGUCGAGGACUUCAUGCCGAUGCCGAGGUGGUUCUUCCCGUCCCCAUCAGCUUUCCUCGCCUUCCGCCGACACGAGGCCGCCUGGGUCGCCGCUGCCACCCAGGUCAACGAGUCCGACGUCGCAGACUUCGAGCGCUUCUGGCGGACCGAGCAGCGCUGCCGCCUCCUGUUCAUACGCAGCUGCCCGGAGGUGGAGCCCGGCCGGGUGUUCCCCCUGCUCGCGGAGCUCUACCGCAAGCCAGUCCUGCCCACCGGCCUCCUGCUGCCGGACGAUCGCCGUGACGACGACGACGACGACGGUGACCAUGGCAACGGUAGCAGUAGCAAUGAAGCGGCGGCACGCUCACCAGGUGCCUUACAGUGGCUCGACGAGCAGCCGUCGGGGAGCGUCCUGUACGUCGCGCUUGGCAGCGAGGCGCCGCUUGUUAGGGCCGGUGGCUCGCUGCUGCCGGCGGUACCGGAGCACGAUCACCAGGAACGAGAACACGAGAGUACGAGACAGAGCGCGAGAGAUGGCGAGUUAGUUUCACUGCAAAUGGCACAGCUUCACCGAUGCAUUCAACUUGGCCUUUUGUUGGCCACGAUCCACUUCCCCCGCCACGGUUAG